CCCAAGUGUGACCGCAGCCCGCAAACGAUAUUGAUGAAGCCUGACAAAACGUAGAAAAGCAAAGGAAAACCUUAAUUAAUGUUAAGUUAAAAGUGUACAAACCUGAGAUUAAGUGCAAGGAUGUCGAAACGGAGCGCCGACGAUGCCAGCGGCAGCAGCUGUUUGGUGGCCGCCGCAGCCGCCGGCCAGCCGCCCAUCAAGAAGGUGCACUUCGAGCCCCAUCUGAUUGGGCCGGUGUCCACGCUGGAGGAGAUGGACAUCAAGGUGCUGGAGUUCCAGAACAAGAAGCUCGCCCAGCGCAUCGAGCAGCGGAUGCGCACGGAGGCGGAGCUGCGGCAUCGCAUCGAGCAGCUGGAGAAGCGGCAGACGCAGGACGACGCCGUUCUGAACGUGGUCAAUCGGUAUUGGAAUCAGCUGAACGAGGACAUACGCGUCCUGCUGCAGCGCUUCGAUGCCGAGACGGCCGACGAGCUGGAGAACCGGAACGAGAACGAGGUCACCACCUCGUUCCUCGCCCAGCUGUCCACCUGGGACAAGGAGGAGCUGGACGAGAAGCUGGCCAACCGCGUCCAGGUGUCCAAGCGGGCGGUGGCCAAGAUCGUGCAGGUUAUUGAUAGGUUAAUGCAACGCAACGAGAAGAUAACUCAUGUCUUGAAAGGUGAUAGUUUGGCCUCAGCAGGCGGCGGCGGCGAUGAGGAGCAGCAGCAGCAGCAGUCGAGCGGCGAUGCGGAGGCCACCGCGGCCUCGGCCGGCGUCCAUGCGCUGGAGGAGACCCUGAAGCAAACGCACAUCGAGAUCAUGAGCGAGAACCACAAGCUGCAGAACCUGAACACCUCGCUGCACGAGAAGUUCCACACCAUGUCGCUGAAGAUGAAGGAGUACCAGGAUGCGCACACCGCCAAGGAGACGGAGAACGCCGAGCUGAAGAACCAGAUCGACGAGCUGCAGUACGACCUCGAGAAGAUCCAUUGCCGGAACGAUAAGCUGGAGAACCAUCUGGCCGAGGCCAUUGAGAAGCUGAAGGCCUACCACCAGAUCUACGGCGAUCCCAAUAAGAGCACGAAUAGUGCCAAAACACCCACUUCCACGGGCACCGGCAGCAGCGCCACCACGAGCGUUAAUAGUCAGCUCUUGGAGGAGCUGCAAAAGGAGCUGGAGGAGUACCGCGAACUGGCCAACAACCGACUGCAGGAGCUGGACAAGCUCCACGCCACGCAUCGCGAGACGCUCAAGGAGGUGGAGAAGCUGAAAAUGGAUAUACGCCAGCUACCCGAAUCCGUCAUCGUGGAGACAACGGAGUACAAGUGCCUGCAGAGCCAGUUCUCCGUGCUCUACAACGAGUCCAUGCAGAUCAAGACCAUGCUGGACGAGACCCGCAACCAGCUGCAGACGAGCAAGAACCAGCACCUGCGACAGAUCGAGGUGAUGGAGAGCGAGGAGCUCAUUGCCCAGAAGAAGGUGCGCAGCGAGAUGAUCCAGAUGGAGGACGUGCUGGCCCUCAUCCGCAAGGAGUACGAGGCGCUGCGCAUCGAGUUCGAGCAGAAUAUGGCCGCCAACGAGCAGACGGCGCCCAUCAACCGCGAAAUGCGCCACCUAAUCACGUCUCUGCAGAACCACAAUGGCCAGCUAAAGGGCGAGGUGCAGCGCUACAAGCGAAAGUACAAGGACACCUCCACGGACAACCUGAAGCUGCGCAAGGAACUGGACGAGGCGCUGGCCACGCUCGAGGGCAACAAGUUGCAGGCGGCGACCGGUGCGGCAGGCGAAGGCGAAGUCAAGCAGGAGAACUCCACAAGUGUCAAGGAGGAGAACUCCAACAACGCCGCCGCCUGCGGCCAAUCGAACCAAACUAAUUCCGGCAACGACACCAACGUGGCCAUCAAGGAGGAGAACCACAACUCGGCCGAAGAUGAAGCCGAUGACGAUGGCAGUGGAAAGGACUUGAAGGACGGCAUCAAGCAGGAGAAGCUCAGCGCCGGCGAGGUGGCGGCAGCCGAGAAGAAAGAUUCCCCUGGGCCCGGCAACUCGACGACUUCUGCCACAAAUUCAGUGCCCGUCAAAGCCGAAAAGGAUUCCAAGGAUGGUGUAAAGGGCAAGGAUGUCAAGACAGUGGAAAGCGAAACGGUGCGGGAUCUGAAGGCGCAACUAAAAAAAGCGCUGAACGACCAGAAGGAAAUGAAGCUUCUGCUGGACAUGUACAAAGGCGUCUCGAAGGAUCAGCGCGACAAGGUCCAGCUGAUGGCCACCGAGAAGAAGCUGCGCUCGGAGAUCGAAGAGCUGCGCCAGCAGUUGAAGAAGCUGCAGGAGAGCAAGCGUGAGGAGCGCAAGAAGUUGGCCGACGAGGAGGCGUUACGUAAGAUUAAGCAACUGGAGGAGCAGAAGUAUGAACUGCAGAAGCAAAUGGCGAAUCACAAGCCCUCCGAUAAUUCGUGGGGCAGUGGAGCACCCGGCACAGCGAACUACACGCGACCCUUUGUCGGCUCCCACGAGGAGGAGGCGUUGCUCAACGAAAUGGAGGUGACUGGGCAGGCGUUCGAGGACAUGCAGGAGCAAAACUCACGGCUAAUACAGCAGCUGCGCGAGAAGGACGAUGCCAACUUUAAGCUAAUGUCGGAGCGCAUCAAGGCCAACCAGCUGCACAAGCUGCUGCGCGAGGAGAAGACUGUGCUGGAGGAUCAGAUGGCCACGGCCACCACGCAGAUCGAGGCCAUGCACAUUGUGCUGCGAAAGCUCGAGGAGAAGGAGCGCAGUCUACAGGCCACGGUGGCCUCCAUCGAGAAGGAGCUGAUGCUGCGCCAGCAGGCCAUGGAGAUGCACAAACGCAAGGCCAUCGAAUCGGCCCAGUCGGCGGCGGACCUAAAGCUGCAUCUCGAAAAGUAUCAUGCGCAAAUGAAGGAGGCGCAGCAGGUGGUGGCCGAGAAGACCAGCUCACUGGAGGCGGAGGCCUACAAGACCAAGCGGCUGCAGGAGGAGCUGGCGCAAUUUAAGCGCAAGGCGGAACGCAUGAAGAAAAUGGAGAUGUCGGGCACGACCAUCGACGAGGUGAUGAUCGAGGAGAUCCGCGAGUACAAGGAGACGCUCACGUGUCCCUCGUGCAAGGUGAAGCGGAAGGAUGCGGUGCUGUCGAAGUGCUUCCACGUCUUCUGCUACGACUGCCUGCGCACGCGGUACGAAACGCGGCAGCGGAAGUGCCCCAAAUGCAACUGCGCCUUUGGCGCCAACGAUUAUCAUAGGCUAUAUCUGCAGUAGAUAAGCGAUAGACCCCGUAACGAUAAUUUAGAUACGUUCCGGUCAUGUCCUAUUCACACACAAAGC